AUGGCGACCAAGGAGGUGCAGGUGGAGGUGGACGAUAUACGGGCGAUUUUCCGAACGCUAGCUCCUUACAUAGUCCGCUAUUGGAAGGAUGUAUCUCGUGAGCUUGGACUGACGGAUGAAGAUAUUCUCGAUAUCGAACACGUUCACCCAAUGGCGCGUCUCUCUGAACUGUCCUACCAGUGUCUUUGUAUGUGGCACGAGAAGCAGGGGAGAAACGCCACCAAAGACAAACUCUCACACGCUCUGAGAAAUUUGGAAUUAAAGCGUGCCGAAGACGCCAUUAGUCACCUCGUAGUACGCCGAGGACGUGUGUCUAGCCCAUCGAGACGGAAUUCCGUCGCAGGGCCCAGCACUGGAGCGUCUCGAGGCAGACGCCGCAGUACAGGUCAACCGCCCCCGCCCUCUGUGCCGAGAAAGAAAACAGGAGUUAGAAAGAGAAAUAAUUCAGAAACUUUGCACAAACCAAAACAAGGAGGCCUGCGAAGAACCUCCAGUGAAAAGACAAUUCAAUCAAGUCAGGGAGAGGCUGACUCUGCAAACACUACCCCAAGAAAAGAUAAUAGAGAAAUAGGCGAGGUUCAUGCAACCAUAGAAGUUUCCAAUAUUGAGAUGCGGCCACAAAGUGUGGAAUCCAUGGAAACCGACCAGGAUGGAACAGACGACAGAAAUCAAACAUCGGAAACAGAGCAAGACACCUUCCAAAAAAUGAUGCUUCAUUACUACACAAAUGUUGUCAAAAAUGCGCAAGAUCACAUCAAUGCCCUGACUACUUUAUUGGAAUUUAAAGACAUUUACGUCAAACGGCUACGUUUAGGCAGCAUUGUUGUUAUUCUCGUCUGCAAGAGCUUGCGCGCUCUUUUGCAUCUCCUUGACAUGUACAAUAAAGGAGAUCUACGAGAAGCGUGCCAAAAAGUGUUUUGUACUGAAAAGAUUUUGAGGGAAAUGGGAAUAAGUGAUCUGUCUGUCAAAGUAACGAUACCACAAAGAGAGAUCGUACGUUGUAAAGAGGAGCUAUUGUCCGGAAGACUGGGUCCCUCGGAAUCGUCGCCGAACGGCUCUCCGGCCCCGAGACGGGCAUUUAGCGCACCAAAUUCAGUCAGCAAGCUAUUGAUACCGCAGGAGCUUAACCACCGUAGCCGAGGAGCGUAUCUGGCGUCUUUGAAAGCAUUUCAGAAACAGACAAAAGAGGACGUACGAACACUAUCGCAGCGAUACAGGACAUUUGAAAAAUGCAUCAAAGAAUUCAUGCUAACACUUCAACUUAUAAGAUCUGGGGACUUGGGUCCCGUGAAAAACAUCUCACAAUUGGAGAAGUGCAAUGAUUUUCUGAAAACUAGUCAAAGCAUCGGGAAACAAGUGCGCACAGAUCUAGUCCAAGAGUUUCUUACCAUGUUGAGUUUUUGUUAG